CAUGGUUUGAAUUCAGGCACAGCUAUGCACUCACUGUUCACCAUUCAGCCACAAAGCGUCAACGCGACGUCGACGGUAGUAAUGGGAGGAGGAGGCCCGGUGUUUGGCUUGUACCAUGGGCGGAGCUGCUUUCCCAGGUCCAUCACAGGGGUCAGUUCUCCACUGUCCACUGGCUGACAUCCUGAGGUCUACUGUUGCCUUUUGCAUCUUUUUAGUAUGUGCACUGCCAGUUCUGGUAGGUUAUCUGGCGUUUGCUAGGACCAGUUUGUGUUCCACGGGACCAACCAGGUUAAUGUUGAAACCCAUUCAGUAGCAGAGGGUUCUUUGCAGGUCCAGUACCAGUUCCAGGUGGUCCUUUUGCCUUGAGUAGGUUUAGUACCAGUGCUGUUCCUGGUGGUUCAUGGGACUUGAAGUUCCAAUCCGUUUUGGGACCAGAAGAUUGCUAUAACGAUAAGGACAAGGAGAAGGGAUGGUUUUUUUUUGAAAUCCUUCUGGGUAUGGUGUGAGCGUUUCAAGUUGCAGGCCUGGGGAGAAUAUAUUUUUCACUUCGACGUGAGACAGGUGGCCUACGCAUGCACAGCAGUUUUGUACCAAUUUUGCAAACAGUCCAACAAAAUUGCAACAGUGGUUUUCAUAUUGCUACUCCUUUGAUCGAAUUCCUUUUUUUUUUUGGUUGAUCUCCUGUUCAGGUUUGCUUUGCUUGGUUCUGAGUGCUGCUGGACUCAGCACCCUCUUGUCCAUUCGGCGAAGAUACACUGGGCACCUUGUGGUGCUUGUUCGACUUUGCAUUGCUGUCCCUGUCAUUUCACUUCGCGUUUCUCCUCAUUUUCUAGCACCUGAUGCAUGCCAGUUUUUUACAACCCGGAAGGAAAGUCGACGAAGAUAUAGGACCUGGUGUAGAUAGAUGAGGGCAUUUCACCCUCUGUCGAGCUUGAGCUUAGGUUAAUUCGGUCUCCCAGCGGUGUAAUCUUUUGUGCGCGUUGCACGGGUGGUUGGUUGGUUCUGUGGGUCGUUGGUGGAGUCAAUUUUCGGGCAACAGAGGACAGAGCAUGACGAUGGCCGCCCGGAGUAGGUGUCCCAUUGGCCCGUGUCAGUUCCAAAUCCACCUUUGUGUCUGUCUGAUCCUCCUUGGAGGGAUGGGCAAGAUCGCUCUAUCAGGCCAGGUAGGUGGUCCUGGGGUAGAUAGAAAUGCCCAUCUUAACCUAUUUGGAGAUUUGAACGAUCCCCUUAGGGGCGCCGGGCUUUUUGAACAGGAAGAUCUUGACGAUUGGAUUCAUGUUACUCCGAAGCUGAAGGUUACAGAUGAAGAUAGAGUAAAUUACUCUCAGUCGGGACGGAUUGCCCACUUUCUCCAGCUCAAAAAAGUGAAGGCAGUUCAUCUCCCCGUUCCUGUAAAUUUCCUGUUUGUUGGAUUUAACCAGGAUGGCAGCCAUGGUUUCAAGGUAGACGAGUGGGAUAUUCGGCACUGGUUCGAACACAUGGAUCAUGUACUUCAACACACGCGAGUGCCAGAUCAGAGAGGCGAUGAGAAGGGCACAAAAGAGGUCCAGAAUGAUCCGGCCGAUGAGGAAGAAGAUAUGCCGUGGGAGGAGUUGAAGGACAUACCGCCGGAGUUAGAAGGGCAGCCGUUGAGGGGAAGAAGUAAGGUCGGCGAGGGUGAGCGAAUGUCGGCAUUUAGUUUCGUCCACUUCAACUUUUCGUGCCAUGCGAUCGAUGUGGGACCGAGGGUGACAGAGGUUUUUCAGACGGCGAUUCGAGCACUGGCUAGAAGGGAAUACCCAGUGCAUAACAGGACUGGAACGGCAUGGGAGGACGUGUAUCAGGUGGACGCGGAUGCCAUGGUGGCCCUAAUGAACAGCUUGGUUGCACAAUUGAAUCUGGAAUAUGCCUACAACAUCUUUAUUCUGAACCCCAAGCGUUUUCAUCACAAGUAUGGCUAUAGAGUUGGGUUUUCCAGUGAGGAGUUGCAACUGCUAGUUGAUGAGGGGGGUUUGGUUCCCCGAAAGCUGCCGAAGGAUUGGUCGCAGGAGCCUCCCGCUGUCGCGUUAGGAUCAGAUUCCAGCAGCUGGCGUAGAAGUCGGUCGGAAAGACCGAAGGACAAGUUCUUGUGGAGGCUGCUUGACCACAAGGAGGUCGACGACUGGGCCGCAAAGAAGCAGGUCACAUUGCAGGCCCUUCGCAACGAGAUGAUGGCCGAUCAAGAUAAUCCGGCGGCGAUCGUUGGGAAAAAAGCACGGCAGAUCUUGAACCAGAACUCAGAUUACAGCAAGGAUCUGGCGAAGCAUGUUGGGCGCCGUGAUAGUGGUCUGCAUGCAGAUUGCUUGGUAGAUUCAUGGGUUUCCUUAGAGCGAGUUGCUUUCAUGGACCUCACUGCAGGUCCAUUCUUUUGGGGGCCCAUGGUGAAAGGAGAGGGCGUACGUGGCGAGAACAGCCUCCCAUCGAUGGAAAAGAUCUUUGCGGUUCUCAGUAGGUAUGCACCGGAGGAGGACCGGUCAACGGGGGAACUGGAGAAAGAGCUGCAGGAAAUGGCAGAAGAUCGCUUCCGCAGUCUCCAUGUGGAUUACAGCGGCGAACUCAGUCCCGCACAUGAUGCGGAGAUGUUGAUGGCUGAGUUGGAUGUGUAUGACUUGUUUGCUCAGCGUCAUUGCCGAGGCCGGCUGACGAUGACAAAGACCUGUCGCAACCUGCAGGAGAGGGUGGCCACGAUGCAGGACGAGAUCCAUCGACUUGAUUCUGCAAUCAGCGACGAGCAGAGGAGAGUAAUACUGAGAGCAGCGCUCGAACGUGUGCGCUCUUGGUCUGUAUCAGCUGCCAUGGAGGACGAGUUGUGGAAGAAGCAACACCAAGAAGCACCAUCUCUUGCCCAAGACAUCUUUUUGUCUCACGUUGGCGCUGUGUUGUCGAAUGCGAUGAGGAAUGUGAUCACACCAUCAACUACGCAGCAUCCAAAACACAUCCAUUUGCACGUCUCGUUCCAUCUGUACAUUGUUCAUCCGCAUGGCGCUGUGAGCAAAGAGCACGCGUUCGCCAUCGAUGACUUCAAACAUGAAGUGAUGAAACUCAAAACUUCUCGGCAAGAUUUCCGGUUCUUCCAGCAUCGCUUGGGUGUGGCCGACGACAUUGCCCUGGGAGUCGCUUUCACAUCAUCCAUGCGCAAAGCUGCAGUUCCUUACAUCACAUCGCAUGGCCACUUCUGGCCAGUGCAGCGAAAUUACAUCGAUUCCCUUACACUUCAGCACCAGCUCGAAAAGAUCGGUGAGGAUGGUAUCUCUUCCGUCAGCUCUAUUAACUGGGGAUAUGGUCAGCUCAAUGUCCCUAUCUUUAUCUUCUCACUCCAUGCGCAUCCUCCCAUCUUGAUCGACAAAGAACUUACGGCAAAAUCCAUCGGCAACAUGGUCCUGGUUGUGCAGUCGGAUGAACCGACAUGGGGGUCCCAUGUGCAGUGCAAUCAGGAGUCCUUGCACUUAAACCUGAGGAACCCUCUGAAGAGCGCAGUUGCAGCUGUUGCGGAGCAUCUGACAGGCAUACUGCCAAGUCAUCGUUCCUUCUCACACGCUCAUGGGAAGGCGGCGGAAGAUUGGAUGUGGGCAGUCGGAGCGCAUGCGCUCUCUGCCACAUCUGUGCGUGGCUGGAGGCUUUCUCAAUUCCACGUGGAUGCGGCAUGGCGGAACUACAUAGUUGUUGCUAUGGACCAGGCAGUUCACAGACUGAAUCAAGGGAUCCGAAUCCUUUCCCACGAGGCCACCAGUGAUGAGACUUUCGCUGGACUCAAAAAGUUUCACCAUCUGGAGUGGAUGAUGGGCCAGUACUCGUAUUUCAUCGAUAUCUGGAGAGGACUUGUACGAGAGAUGGAGAUGCUUCGGUACGACAGGGCUGUCAACUACCUCAACCAGCUUAAGUUUGUUUCUGAAGACUUUCUUGCAAGGUGUGAGCAUCUUCAAGAGCUCCUCCAUCCGGUCCAUUGCACACGGCAAAGGACUUUGAAGGUGGGAAUUAUCCCAGCAGUCCUGGGUAUCAUCGCAGCUGCUUCAAUGACUGUCUUUCUGGUGUUGCACAGGAGGAAGGCAAAGCCAAAGAUCAACUAAAGCACGCACAGCGAAACUACAGUCACCUGUAGAUGACUAUUGUUGUAGUACGAAGGAACUUCCUUUCCUUUUCCCAAAGCUCCUCCUUUUUUGGGCUCUUUCCUGGCACUUGCCCUUCUUCUCUUUUCCAUUUUAUUUUGUGCUUGUGUCCAUCCUCCUCUCAAGGAAUGGAACUCCAGACUCACAGUUGUUUAUGCACUUCUGUUUUGUGCUUUUGCUCCACCUCUGCUUUGAACUCUUGGUCA